UGACAUUGAUACUCCUGAAGGAUCAUCAUUUAUGGUCAUUGAAGUCAUCCGUUCAGUUUAAUCCCGUUCCUCAGAAAUAUUACAGUGAGGACGGAUCGUAUUGGACUGAGAGAAGGAGUUUUCUUUUUAUGUAUCGGCACAUCAAGCUUGAUGUUUUGGAUAUAAGAGCUCAAUCGAUCUAUUCUGACUCGAGAAACUGCAUUUUAAAGGCUGAAAUCCAGAAGGAUCAACAUCCCGGUGGUCCCUCUACCUCAUGGACCUCUCCGGACCACUACCAGAACCCACAGACUCAUCCUGUUGCUCCAUCGGGGCCUAGAAUAAAGACUCGAGGUCGCCACCAGAGUGAGCCACCUGAACUUAUCUAUGAACCGCAUUCCUCAAGACCCAUGCCACUGAGGCCAGAAGAACCGUUACCACCACGCCGUACUCCAAACUCCGGCAGGCCAUUGCUCUCGAGCCCUGAAGAUCAGCAACGACCUCCACACCAUGGUGGCUAUGGACCUGAGCCAACUCCAUGGAGGACCGCUCCAACACGACCAACGCACCAUCAACCAGGUCCAAAGAAGACCAAACCCAUGACAUUGCCGGCUACAGUCUGCUGCGCAAUCCUCUUGGUCAUCCUGAUCCUCUCCGGCCUCGUCCUCCUCCUCGUCUACCUCAGCAACCGUCCACACACACCUUACUUCGACAUCGCAGCAGCGAACCUAAACACCGCUAAUCUCGAAAUGGGUUACGUUCUAAACGGAGAUCUCGCCGUUGUGGUAAACUUCACAAACCCAAGCAAGAAGAGCAGCGUCGACUUCAGCUACAUCAUGUUCGAGCUCUACUUUUACAACACGCUCAUAGCAACACAGCGCAUCGAGCCGUUCAUUCUUCCAAAGGGAAUGUCCAUGUUCACGAGCUUCCAUCUCGUGAGCAGUCAGGUCCCGAUACAAAUGGUUCAGAGCCAGGAGCUGCAGCUUCAGCUCGGAACCGGUCCUGUGUUGUUGAACCUGAGAGGAACGUUUCACGCUCGCUCGAACGUCGGGUCGUUGAUGAGAUACUCUUAUUGGCUGCACACGCGUUGCAGCAUCUCGUUGAAGAAUCCUCCUUUAGGCUACAUGCGAGCAAGAAGAUGCAUUACAAAACGCUAGCGAUUUGCAACUUAGAAUACUACUUAAUUUUUGUGUUGAUGCAUUUGAUGAUUAUAUAUGCAAAUAUAUACUUUUGUAUUGUUUUCAUAUUUUUAUGCUACAUUUAGAAAUAAAACAAAAAUUUUGCAAAGAGAAAAUACAUUUUGAUCUUGUAUCUUGAAUAACAGUAAUUAUCCAAA